AACACGACCAAACACACGCCCUUGCCAAUUUGAUUUAUUCGUAUUAAGUGUGCCACAGAGAUACCUUUUCUCGAUCAAACUCUUGCACCAUGAAGCAAGCACCAUCCUUAGCACAUUCAAAAGACAAAGAUGGCGGGCUGUUAACACGUUCUCUUACCUCGUUAUUCUCUCUCAUGGGUCUCCAGCUUGGCUCUCGUCUAUUGACCUUCGUUCUGAAUCAAGCACUAUUCCGAUUAGCCUCCCCACAAGCAUACGGAAUUGCUGCAAUCCAGUUCGAGCUCAUCUUGAGCACCAUACUAUUUCUCAGUCGGGAAGGCGUCAGGAAUGCGCUUCUCAGAGCAUGGCCGCGGGACACUACUAUUCAUAACCAAGGAUCAAGUUCUAAAGACGAGCGCGUACCCGCUUUGGCAAAUCUAUCCGCCUUGCCCAUUAUCCUAGGACUUCCAGUGUCUCUGGCUACGACAGCUGUGUAUGCUACUCUUGCCAGCACCGACGUUCGUCGUCAGCCAUAUUUUCAUGUUGCGUUAUCGACCUACGUGUUCGCUGCGCUGAGCGAGCUCCUCAGCGAACCAAUGCACAAUCAGGCCAUGGGUGAAGUUCGCACUGGAGCUAGAGUAAGAGCUGAAGGUCUCGGGAUAACGUGCAAGACCCUUGUCACUUAUCUUGUCCUCCUGUACGACCCGACGACAUCCGGGGAAUUUGCGCUCGUGGCAUUUGCGCUGGGCCAACUUGCAUACAGUGUUGUGGUUUUUUUCAGUUACGUGUAUCAGAUGGGAUACCCCACCUUCUGGCCGACGCGUCUUGCUACACGACAGUCACAUGAAAUGUCCGACUCCAGAUCAAGAUUCUAUCUCAUUGCCUCACGAUACUUUGACAUUAGCAGUCUGCAUCUGUCUCUGACUAUGACUGGGCAGUCCCUUGUCAAACAUAUGUUGACAGAGGGGGACAAGAUUAUAUUGUCUUGGUGGAGCCCUUUGCAGGAUCAAGGAGGAUACGCGAUCGCCGUGAACUAUGGUUCUCUAGUGGCACGAAUAGUUUUUCAGCCUCUGGAGGAAAUGUGUCGAGUCUACUUUUCAAGAAUUUUGUGCCCCUCGACUGGCGCACAAACCGACAGACGUACGCUAGUUCAAGCCUCGGAGACCUUGUUGUCACUAGUCUCCAUCCAACUGGCUUGUUCCGUCCUGGUCAUUGUAUUUGCGACGGUUUAUCUUCCGAUCUUUCUGCACCUAUUGCUCCCGUUCCAGUACCUAUCAACAAGCGCUCCGAAAGUUCUCGCAGCUUGGAUGUGGUAUAUCCCUGCACUUGCGAUCAAUGGUGUGCUUGAAGCUUUCUUCUCGAGCAUCGCGACUCCCAAAGAUCUUCGAAGACAAAGCAGGUGGCUCGUUGCCUUCUCCAUAACAUUCUUUCUUUCCGCAAUUGGUUUUUACGCAUCGGGCUUCGGUGAUGUCUCUCUGGUAUACGCAAACAUAAUCAACCUGCUAGCCCGUAUCAUCUACGCCGCACAAUACGCUUCGACGUUCUUUAACAGAAAUAAAACUACUCACAGAUGGAAGACCUCGAUGCCAACAUGGCAAUUCCUUCUGGCUGCCGUGAUAUCGUACUUGGCAAUCUCCAUGACCAAAAUACAUGAUCGGGCCGUCCUUCUAGUUCAAACGGAAGGCCGUAGAGCAGUACUUUCCGCAAUCGUGAUAUCUCAUUUAGCACAGGGUGUCGGGAUGGGUCUGUGCUGUGUUGCAACGUGGUGGGUAACGUCUGGCCGAUACUUGGUGAAACGUGCACCAGUGAAGACGGAUUGAUUUUCGCAUAUUCCUAAGUAGUACCGUUGUUGAUGUCACACCAGUUUCUGACUGUAUCUCAUUUUAUCACGAACUGCAUUUGUAUGUGACUAGCGCUUGUCCUGAGGCCUGAGGCCUGAUUGUUUACAUGACUGUACUGCCACCACUACUUAGACCUAGGC